UCGAUCUCUCCCAGCCGCGAUGGGCCCACGUGAGGUCGAGAUAGAUCAUCACACCACCCUUCGCCCAACGAAGACGCCCGCUCGCUGAACCGGAUCCUGGCGUGACCGCUGACAGAACCGCAAGCAAACAUCACCCCAUAGAGGAGAAAAAAGUCCUCACAGCGGCGAAAGCAUCUCCGGACGCAAAAGGGUAGGGAACGCGACCGCCCAACGACGAGGUCGAGCGCGGUCUCGAAUCUGUGGACACGUCCCGGCACCUGUGUCCAUGGCACCGGUAUCGCUGCACUGGCCGGGUCCACUCCGCUACUUGAGGACAAGUCUUAAACAGUGCUCCAGCAUGACCCGCAGAACGCUAACGAGCCCUGCAUGCAGCCUCCAAUACAGGCCCGUGAUUCCGGCGCACUCACGCUCACAAGUCGCGGAUCCAUGCUUCCAGCAAAAAGCUGGGGCGCGCGAUAGGAACGAACGCACACGAUCAACAGCACGACGCUUGCUGCCGCUUCGCUUUCCGCCGCCGCACAACAGCAGUUCCACGCGCGAUCUCUCGCUCGACGAUGCCAGCGUUCGACGACGACGGCGGCGGCGGCGGCGACGGCGGCGGCGGUGGGGCGAUGCGUCUUCGGUGCUGUGCUUUGGCUGGAAAAAGUGCUGCGGAAGCAGUACUGCGGGCCUGUGUGAGAUCAGACCGCUGCUCCUCUUUCACCUGUGGAGAGCUGGUGACAUCGCUACAGGGCUUCAGCGUCAACCUCUGCGUCGCGACGGUCCCCUGCGCCGGGCGCGGUGGGCAGCGACCGCAUCCCUCCGCCGGGGCGGUUCCGCUCGACGCUCGAAAGCCAUUCGAGCACGAACGAGCGUGCCCGCCGCGCCCGUGCGAAAAGGCUUCCGUCUCUGUCGGAGCCUCCUUGAGGACCUGUACUUGUCGACGUGCGCUGUCGGCGCCCAGGAUCAUCCUGUUCCUCCGAUGGGCGAACUUUGCACGAGCUUGAAUGAGGCCUGACGCGUUGGUCCGCUUUCUGAGCAGACAGCGCGGCUCAGGUUCAGGACCGCAAAGCCUGUCCUCGUCAACACCGGGCAAAAAAAAAGUUCUCAUCCGCGAGAGUAAGCAAUGUGCGUCGUGAUCUGGGAAACCUGCACCAAUAAAGAAACACAAUUCAAAUUUAAAAUAAGAAAGAAAAAAUUUUUUUGGCCGGGCUGCAAUUGGAGACUGUUCUCGAUCUGUUUCAUACCACGUACAGGGCAAAGGAAAAGACGUGGUGAAAUGGCAUUGCGCAAGGAGGAAACACGCUGGCAUCUGCAAAGAAAUGAAGGCUGGAGGAAGGGGAAAAGAAAAUUGUCGCCAAUCUUCGUCGCCAACGGGCUUCGUCUUACAGUUUUGCUGCUCGUAUCUAGAGUUAGAGUUCAGGUAUGGAAAAAAUUGCUCCAAUCGGUAUUUCUGGCUUCUCCUGAGAGCUC